CCACCUGCUGAAACUCAAUCUCUGAUCACAGGCUUCCCCUCCCCCACAGUGACCUCACAAAGGUUACUAUCUUCUGCUCAUUCUCAGAGACCCUCUGUUAUGGGACUUGUUGCCUUAGUAGGGAGCUUUGUCCUGUUGCUCCUGCUGAUCUUCAGGGCAUCCACAUGGGCUUGUCUCUUCUGCUUCACUACGCAUCAGGAACGCAUCAGUCUCUGCCGGAUGUUUGUGGGCUCAGAGGACUCCAAGAUACGCAAGUGUAGAGAUGCUUUCACAUAUGCUUUUGAGGAUUUCUCAGACAUGGAAAUCAACUAUGAUGAGAGGAGCCACCUGCAUGAUGAAUUUACACAGAUGACAGUUUUCCUUCAGGAGGUGGCUGCUAACCAUGGUGAGUGGUACUUUUGGAACGCCUUCACCAGUGCUGCAGCAAAAUUGAAGAAGACCAUUGAACACCUUAAAAAAGCCCAGGACUGCAUCCCUCCUUGUGGGGUCCAAGAGGCCGCUAGGCGUUUCCACUGCUGGGGCUGCUUUUCCACAAUCUGUGAUCUGCCUCUAGACUGUCCAGUUCAGGACAUGUUGGUGAACCGAGGGGACCAGGCUUUGUUUUCUUGCAUCGUGGCUUUCCAGUUGCCAGAGUCGGAGGUCACUUAUUCCUGGAAAUAUGCGGGAGGAGGUGUCCGGACUCAGGACGUUUCCUACUUCCGUGAUUUGCCGGGGUCUCACGGGUACCUGGCACGAAUCCGGCCAGUGCAACCCAGGCACAGUGGAACCUUUUCCUGCGUGAUCCUGCACGACCAGCGCCCCCUGGCGCGGCUCUACUUCUAUCUGAACGUGACGGGGCCUCCUCCGCCUGAGGAGACUGAGCUCCAGGUCACGUUCCGGGAAGUGAUGCGUUGGACACCGCGGGAGGCGGAAAUGAUCCAGCCCUGGAGGCCCAGCCUAGGCGAACUACUUACCAGACCCCAGGCUCUGACGCCUCUCAGCCUACUCCUGCUGGCGGCCGCUGCUGCACUUGGGUCUGCUAGUGUUACUGUGCUAGUGUGGUGAGUGCCAGGUACCACCCUCCCCUGCCCCAACUGCUCCUGGUCCUCACCGCUUACAUCCAGACCCUAGCCGCCUCCCUCAUUGCUAGCUGCCCAACCCAAGUCUUCUUUUAGACCAAAUCCAGGCCUAGCUCUCCUUCCUAAAGACUCCAAAGGUUAGGCCCUAGCUUAUCUUCCCCAGAACCAAGUUUCUAGGUUCCAAUUCUAGUCCCUACCCUUUAAGACCUGGGGAGCCUAACCCUUUGUUCUCAGACUCAGAAGUUCAGGCCCCAGAACUUCUUCGGAUAUAGGAGUCCAGGUCUGUUCUGUCUUUUGUAACCCAUGAGUCCUGAUACCAAUUCUCCUUAGAAACUCAGGUGAAAGCUCCGUGCAUUUUGAAACCCAAGUGUGUUUCUAUCACUGGGCCUUCUCAUACCACAGACUCGUUUGUUUUCUCAGGCUGUUUAUUCGAUGGUACUUAAGUGGCAACUAACAAAUCCUGACCCUACAUCUGUCCUGGAAAUAAAGUUUGUAUUUUAGU